AUAACACUCUGAUUUAUGACCUGCAUAUAUUAUUUUAAAUGUCAUCAUCCUAUUUCCAGGGUUAGGCGGCAUACUAUUUCAGUGUUUGUGGGAGAUGAGAGUGGAAUAAUAAACCGGAUAGCUGGUGUCUUUGCUAGAAGGGGCUACAACAUAGAGUCCCUUGCUGUUGGACUGAAUGCAGACAAGGCUCUCUUUACUAUAGUUGUCAUUGGGACAGACAGAGUUUUGCAGCAAGUUGUGGAACAGCUCAACAAACUCGUUAAUGUCAUCAAGGUAGAAGAUAUCUCCAAGGAGCCACAGGUAGAACGUGAGUUAAUGCUCAUUAAACUUAAUGCUGGUCCAAGCACGCGCACUGAGAUCAUGUGGUUGGUCGACAUCUUUAGAGCAAAAAUAGUGGAUACCUCGGAGCACUCUCUGACAAUUGAGGUCACUGGAGACCCGGGAAAGAUGGCUGCUCUACAGAGGAACUUAGAAAAAUUUGGAAUAAAGGAAAUUGCCAGAACCGGGAAGAUUGCUCUGAGGAGGGAAAAGAUGGGGGAGACAGCUCCAUUUUGGAGGUUUUCAACAGCAUCAUACCCAGAUCUGGAGGAAAAACCAUCUCAUGCAACUGUCAUAGAGAAAACGAAGUUGGCAUUGAAUGACAAUGGCAAUGGAAUUGAGCCAUCAAGGGGCGACGUUUAUCCCGUGGAACCGUACGAUGACUUCCAACCGGUCCUUGAUGCCCAUUGGGGAGCUGUCUAUGAUGAAGAUUCAACUGGAAUGCGAUCACACACGUUAUCUAUUCUUGUGAACAAUUCUCCGGGAGUCCUCAAUGAAAUAGCUGGAGUUAUCUCCCGUAGAGGCUAUAACAUCCAGAGUUUAGCUGUUGGACCUGCUGAGAAAGAGGGUCUCUCUCGGAUCACGACAGUUAUUCCUGCCACUGAUGAAAAGACGAGCCAGUUGGUUGGACAACUUCACAAGUUGGUGGAUAUUCACGAGGUCCGAGAUAUGACCCACUUGCCAUUUGCGGAACGAGAGCUUAUGCUCAUAAAAGUAGCGGCUAACACUGCUGCAAGGAGAGACCUUCUUGAUAUUGCCCAAGUUUUCCGUGCUAAAGCUGUUGACGUGUCUGACCAUACUAUUACUCUCGAGGUCACCGGAGAUCUUAGAAAAAUGGCUGCUCUUCAGAACCAGUUAGAGACUUACGGAAUCUGUGAGGUGGCUCGGACAGGGAGAGUGGCUUUAGUCCGAGAAUCCGGAGUGGACUCAACGUACCUCCGUGGAUAUUCUCUUCCUUUGUAAUAAUACUUCAUCUGUUUCACGUCCCCUUCACUAACUCUCAGGAACUCAACAUCGGAAGCACCCCAUGCCCUGGAGAUGGUUAACGCGUGUAUGUUGUUCAGCAUGAUGUUGUAUCAUCUAUCGUCUGCAUCGCAUCGCAUCGCAUAAUUGUGGUGUUGUCUACUAACGAUGGUUCGAACAAAUAUAGAGCGUUCUAACGAAGUAGUUUUCUUGAGUUGCACGGCACGUCUUGUUUAAUGUCUUAAACUAAGAAUGCCGAAAUUACUUAUUGUAUGGUGUCGAUGAGAUGUAACCUCGGUUUGGUUUUCUA